GUUGUAAACGCAAAGACAGACAAGGCUAGUGUAGGCACUAUGGCAGCCACCAUAGAAAGGCACCCAGAGCGGCGCUUCAAGGCAGCGUUCGAGGCUUACCUCGACCAGGAGCUCCCUCAAUUACGCAAAGAUCACCCUGGACUCAGAUUACAGCAGUAUAAAGAUCUACUCUUCAAAUCCUUCCAGAAGAGCCCAGAUAAUCCAUUUAAUCAAACAACUGUUUCCUACGACGCUACCAAAGAGGAGAAAGUAGAAGCUCUGAAGAAGCGGCAGGAAGAGGUUCAAGAGCGCUUACGUGAGAAGAAGGGGAUGGGAUCUUCUUGA